AAUAUAACUUUUAACCACUCCCAGAUCUUCUUAGUUGCAUAAAUGCUGUUUUCUGCUGUCGUUACAACAUUCCUACUUUCCGGACUGAAAGCCCGUGAACACACUGAAGUCGGAAGAAGGACUUCCCAACUCGGAAACUCUGACCACCUGAGCAGCACUUGAAUGCAGCUUUGGGUGUUGCUGCCAUCAUGGUCAUGCAACAAUUAGUCCAAAACAAAGGACAGCUGGGUUCACCUGAGUUUUUAAAUAAGGGCUUAAGCAGACCUGUGGUGAUAGUUUCAAAGAGGUCAGUCGCAGAGGAAGAUCACUAUGGAUUGUUUCAGGGUGCUUGUCCUGUGUUUCUGGCUUGUGCUUGGUGAUGUAAAUUGCUGGAAUACCCAGAGAGGUUAUGUCCGUGUCCAGGUGGGACAGGCCCUUAUCGGUGUCCACAAUGACAACAAUUGGAGUGAAGAGCCUGCAAGCAGAAUAUCUUUAGCUGAUCGAGCACAAAGUGGCAACAUUUACCAUCCUCAAGAUGAUAUUAAUGGCUCUAAAUCACCAGAAAUACAAAGGCAUUAUUCUUAUCCUACGCGAAGUCUCAAUGAUCCAAAACACAAAGCAUUACCACUUCCUGAUGCCAAGAGGGUUCAAACAAACGCCGCGUAUGCACCAGAUCAUGCCAGAGCCAAGCGUCCAGGAGGUUUCUCACCUGUUCCGGUCGACAGGACUCCCAUAGGUCCUGAUCCCAAGAAGAGAAAAGACAUGUCAACUCUGAAGUCUAUGUCUCAAGUAGGUCAUCUUAACCCAUCCAGAACCAAUCUGUGUCCCUUCACCCCAGAAAUAAAUCAUCUUUCUUCCAUGGCUAAAGUGAGUGGAUAUCAACCUGCUUAUGCUAUACCAAAGAGAAUAAGAACAAACAUGCUGCGAAAAGGAUUUAAAACCAUAGAAAAGUCUGACUCAAUUGUGAAGGGUUAUUCUCAUGGAAGCAACUUUGAGGGUAAAGUUGACAAACAGAUAUCUUCUCCAACAUGGAUCCCAAGGCGCUAUAACAGUAAUGGGAUGCCUCAAGCAAGAGGAUACGCCCAUAAUCGACGUCUCAAGCUUGGUUCUAAAAAACCACAGCCCCAUGACGACUCUGUUUUAAGCAGCAAAUUCUUGGGAACAGGUAAUUCAUCUCCUCAACAGAAUCACAACAGUUACAGACCUCACUUAGCAGAUGUUGGGGUUGGUAUCGGGGUUAUAGCAUCACAAGAACGGCGACAAGGUAACUGGCAUCCUGCACCAAACAGUGCCCAAAGCUCCAUCCAAGGCAAGUUCAAACCUUUCCAAAGACUUCCUAUUGAAUACGAUCUUCCUGCUCAUAAUUACUCACUAGAAAGUCAAAAAGCAUCUACAGAGACAACCCUUGCCCCAAGUUUGAACGCCAAAGGUUUUAAUUCAACAGAUGUUCCUUCAACCACUCAAAAGUUGAGCACGAAGUCUGCCCCACCAACGCAGACAAAGAUCCAAGAUGCAGAGCCUGAAGCUCAAACCUCAAACCUUGAGGACGAAGUUGAGCAAAAGUCAGACAUACCAAACACAGCCUCUCCACCAAAGCAACAACCAGCAGCAGCAGCAGCAGCAGCAGCAGCAGCAGCAGCAGAAGAAGAAGAAGAAGAAGAAGAUGACAGUGUUGUCCCAAGUCCUCCAGAAACAGAUCAGUCUGGAGGUAUAGUGCUGCUUUAGCAAACAUCAAUAUUGCUUGUGCCACUUUUUUCAAGUUUAGAGAAUUCAUGACAAUAUCAUAAUGAAUGGCAAUAGCUGUUAAAUAAUGUCCUUUAGCCUACCCCUUGUGUGUGACUUUCAAUAAAAACAUUAAUCUUGCCAA